AUGUCACAUAGAGGUGCAAUGGAAGCCCUUGGUAACACCUUACAAGACAUUGGAGGCAACAAUAAAUUUAUGGGAAGAUUUACAUUACUUUUGUCAGGAGAAUUCAGACAGACAUUACCAGUCAUUCUGAGACAAACAAGAUCUGAUGAAAUAAAAGCAUGGAAUAAAGUUCUGAAAUUCUCCUUCAAUACUAACAUGCCAGCUUCAUUACAUGGGGACCAAUGUGGAAAACAGUUUUCAACCUGCCUCCUCCAAUUAGGAAAUGAGAAAGUACCACUUAAUGGGAAUGGUGAUAUCAGUUUGGCUCAUAUUGCUAUCAUGAUGAAUUCCCCAGCUCAAUUGAAGAACAAGGUAUUACCAGACUUAAGUGAUGAUAAUAAUUUACAUAAAUGGUUGUGUGAAAGGGCAAUUCUUAAUCCCCAAAAAUGA